AUGGCUGAGGCGCCGGUGCUGAUUGUCGGCGCAGGCAUUGUUGGCUUGACGCUUGGUCAGGCACUGAAGAAGCGAGGAAUCCCAUUCGAAAUCUACGAACGAGACGCCACCCCCGACGCCCGCGGCCAGGGAUGGGCCAUCACCCUCCACUGGGCACUGCAGUAUAUCCAGCAGAUCCUCCCGGAAGACGCGCUGGAGAGAAUCCGAGCAGUCCAAGUCGACCCGGAGGUAGCGCGACACGACAACGGCAACUUCCUCUUUAUCAACCUCGAGACGGGCGAGCCGAAAUUCAAGAUCCCGCCCAACCGCCGCUGGCGCGUGAACCGCGAAAAAGUGCGCCGGGCCCUCCUCGAGGGCAUCGAGGGCCACGUCCACUGGAACAGACGCGUGGUCGGUGCCGGGGUGGCGGGCGACCAGGCCGAGCUGGUCUUCGAGGACAAAACCCGCGUCCCGGGACGAUUGGUCGUAGGCGUCGAGGGCGGCCGAUCCGCAAUCCGCCAGACGCUGCGGCCAGACGCGUAUGAGAAUAAACCGCUCCCCAUCCGGUUCACGGGCGUCGCGGUCAACCUGAAACCGGCGGAGAUCAAGCCGCUGCGUGACAUGGACCCGUUGCUCUUCCAGGGCUGCCAUCCGCCCACGGGGACGUUCCUGUGGUUCUCGACGCUGGAAACGCCCGAGGCGAACGGCACACAGGGGACGGACGCGGAGCGAUUCCGGGCUCAGAUCUGCAUGUCCUGGCCCGUGAGAGGGGCCGAGGACGAGGUGCCACCGACUGACGAAGCGAGACUAGCGAACAUGAAGCGACGGGCGACGGGGUUCGUGCCGUUCUUGAAGACGGCCGUCGGGAGCAUUCCAGACGGGACGCCCGUCACGGAGAUCAAGUUGGCGGACUGGGAGUGUUUGGACUGGGAUAACCGGGACGGCCGCAUCACUCUCGCUGGGGACGCGGCGCAUGCGAUGACGAUGUAUCGCGGCGAGGCAGCAAACCACGGCCUUCUCGACGCCUUCCACCUCGUGUCGGCGAUUGAACGCAUGUUCCAGGGAGAGAUCCCGCAAAAGGAAGCCGUCGAUGGAUACGAGAAGGAGCUGCGAGAGCGCACUCGACGAGCAGUGCUGCUGAGUCGACAGGCGUGCUACGACGCGCACCGCUGGGAGGAUUUGAAUGAGAACUGCGCUGUGUUGUCGAAGAGAGCCAUUAUCAAAUGA